AUGCUCACCACGCCCGCUGAGGGGACUCACAGCGCAGAACCCACCAUUGUGACAGUGCAGCUGGAACCCUGCUCGGGGAGCUGUCCACAGCAAGCACCAAAACUUUUACCUACCAAUUUGGCCAAGGAGAAGGUGACGGUCUCCACAGGAGUUAAAGUUCCUCAUAAUUUUCGCUUAUUGGAAGAACUUGAAGGACAGAAAGGAGUAGGCCAUGGAACAGUUAGCUGGGGCCUUCAAGAUGAUGAAGAUAUGACAAUUACAAGGUGGACAGGAAUGAUUAUUGGGCCACCAAUGGUGGACACAUGCAGCAUACCAGUGUUAGCAAAAUGGCAAAAUUCAUAUAGCACUGAAGUUGUACUUCAAGAGCUAAGACAUCUAAUGAUGUCCAAAGAAAACAUGAAGCUUCCACAACCACAAGGACAAACAUACAACAAUUAG